AUCAUCUUUCUCAACCUUCAAACACAUCCCUCAAACCCAACAACAACAACGCCAAAAUGUCCAUUGUCCAGAUCGAUACCAAGGCUCAGUUUGAUGAUCUUAUCAAGAGCCACCAACUAGUCAUCCUCGAUGCCUCUGCAGAAUGGUGUGGUCCCUGCAAAGCCAUGGCCCCAAUUUUCGAAAAGCUCAGCCACGAAAACCCCGACAGUGAAAAGGUCGUAUUUGCCAAGUUCGACACGGAUGAUGUUUCUGAUCUUGCUCAAGAGCUCGGGAUUCGCUCAAUUCCAGCUUUCUUCAUUUUCCGCGACGGCGAGCGGGUUGACAACUUGAACGGAGCUAAUCCUCCUGCGCUGACGAAGCUUGUCAAAGGGGCAAUUGAGGAUGUUACGGCAUAAGACUUGAUAUAAGUUGGUUUACUAUACUAUAUCGAUUAGUCAAGCAGGCUAGUUGAGUGCUGUUACAACAAUUUGGAUGAUGGGACACUGCAAAGUGAAAGCAGCGAUGGAAAAGCAGGAGAUCCCACAGGCGCAUCAGCACAUGUUUUAUGUCAAAGAAAUGGACCAUCAUUCAAGUCUCCCGACAUUUAUACUACACGUAACAAUAGUAAUCAGUCAGUUCCAUAUCUCCCAC